UUUCACUCGGAGCGAAGAUACGUUAAGUAAUCGUAUUUUUUUCAACCAACCAUGAUUUCUCAAAAUCAUGUGUCGUUAAUCAUUCGUCAGUCGGCGUGAAAUUAAAGUUCAGCAAACAGUGGAUUGUCGCCCGGUGUUAUCUGUUUACAGCGUGAACUCACUCACAGUCGCUUGCUAAAUAUACUGUUCGUGAGAUCAUGUAUAAUUACGUACAUGUGUUUCUUAACAAGCUUGAGAAACGCUUCUUACCAGAUAGUGAUCAUCGAUAACUGUAAUUCGGUAGCAGUCGUCUUUUGUCGCGUCGCAAGUGUAUCUGCUGAAAGAACCAGAGAAUCAGUCGGCUUGCUUUUGUAUAGAACGAAACAUCAACUAUGAGUGACAGCUUCAUCUAAUUUGUCAAGCUGUGCAAUGUGUCUCGUUAGUUGUUGGUACAAUGUGAGAAGAACUCGGUUGUGUUUGGAAAACAUCAGUGAGACAAUGAACACCCAUUGUGAUAUCCGUGUUUCGAGGAUCCAUCGUGGUCCGUAAUGCGGAGCUAGUUUUUCAAAGAGAUGCCACAGUACGACGAUAGUUUCCUCGACUCGCCGAUCUUCCGGCGACGCACGCGUAGCUAUGCGGUGCAAAAGGAGUUCGUGCCGAAGUCGAAGAGUUUCAUCACGGCCACACCUCUGCUGCUGGCCGUGACCAAUCAUGCCAGGACUCUUUCCGGUUCCAUAUCGACCUGCAGUUUGAAAGAAGUCGAGGAGCGCUCCGGCGGGAAGGCGCGCGGCGGUAAACUAGCGCGUCGUGCGCGCUCCUUCAAGGAGGACUUCCUGGAGAAGCUCUCUCAUAUGCGCUCGCCUGGUAGCGGAAGCGGAGGUGGAGGCAGCGGAGCGGCCACAAGGGCCGCCUCGCCCUCCUCGCCGCGGACACCACGCGACAAAAGCGCGCCCGGCUGCACCGAUGCCGCGACAACCCUCGACAAGAAUCCCCUCCGUGACCUGCACAUCCACGUGCGACAGGUGCAGCUGGCACUGCUCCACUUCAGAGACGUCGUGUCGAAGAAGAAGCUCGAGAUGCUGCCCGGCAACGGCACCAUCGUCCUCGAUACUGUCACCACUAUACACACUGUGCUCAAGUCCUAUCUCCUCUACGAGAACAGCUCCACUCUGGGAUCAGCGACAAAUCAAGUGUAUCAAGCCCUAGCACAAUUACUGAAACUCUGCGACGACGUGCUGCUACACGGUGACCAGUCCUCUGCGCUGGACACCGAGAACGUGACACACAUCAUAGGAUUAGUCGAAGAAGCUGUGAAAAACUUGGUUGCCCUGGCGAAUGAGAAGAUCGCCAACAGACAGAAACCUGCCGCCGCCGUUACGAAUAGUAAUAGAACGUCCGGUUAUGGAUCGGAAUUGACGCCACAAAGAAAUUCUUUACCUGAUAUCCCGCUAACCCCGAGGGAAAGGCAGAUUUUAGAGCAGACCGCUGCGACUACUAGUUUGGUCCGUAGCUCGCAUAGUUCAGAGUCGAUUUUAAGGGAUUCUAGUCCUCCCCCAAAACCGCCACUCCCCGAGAGAACUAAUGUGUGUCUGUCGGAGGAAAAUAGUUCCUCCGGCACACCGCCGCCAUUGCCACCGAAACGGAGAACAAGAGCCCAACAGUUGCUCGAUGAAUCUGAAGGUCUUUUAGCAUCUAGUCUUGACGGUGUUUCCCUACGAAGUCGAUCUCCAGAGGAUUCGUCGUCUCUUCUAAGCGCGUCGGCUGGUAGUUUGGAUUCAGCCCUGAACCAUUCUCGUGACGAGGAUGAGAUACGGGCGAUAAUGGGACCAAACGACGAGUCUCUGAACGACAGUAUGGAUCUCAGUCUGAUGGCUACUAUCCAGGGCAUGCAAGUUAACGAUAGUUCAAACUGUAGUUGUUGGGACGGUUCUGAAACAAACAUACCAAGUACCAUGUUAUUGGGUCAACAAACUCCACAAGAAAUGCUUAAUCCAUUUACCGGUAUAGAAGGAAAAAUGGAAAGGUUGUCAACGCAGACACAGGAAUCUGGUUUCGUAUCAAUGCAUUCACAACGAAGUUCAUCUCAAAGUUAUACUACCUCUAGUAUGACGUCCAAAAGAUCUUCCCAGCAAAGUAGUAUUAGUUAUAACUCCCAGACGUUCAACUCGCAACAAUCGUUUUCCCAAACGAAAUUGUCUUCAGAUAGUAACGGGUCUAUUUUUACUCAAAAAACAAUGACUAGCUCGAAAAGUACUGUUAGCGCAUCAAAUAUGUCCGGAACUGGAGAUUCUGCGGCAUUAGAAAAAUUGGAAGUGGAAUCGAUUUCUUCAUCGGACGCUAAUGGUGUGCCGCCAGCUUUGCCAGAAAAACGGUCGAAACGAAGGAAAGAACGUCAGCCAUCGCAGUACGACAAUGUACCUGAAAAUGAGCAUUUAUCAACCUGUAGUUUACAUACUAAUAACGGCGAUAGUUCAGAUGCUAGUAAACCUCCUCCACUUCCUCUCAAGAAAAGACACAUGUUCCAAUCAGUGGCAUAUUCUGUUAUGGCAUACAUGGAGAUGUUUGGGAAUUGUUCUCAUAGUAACAAUGACUUCAUCUCUGGUCUUGGAACCCGUCAUUCAAUGGCAGCUUAUAAUUCAAUGCAAGCAGAGUGGCAGCAACACGAAAUGGCCCUUACUACGACACAAUCGUGUUCUUUUAUGGCACAUACUAUAACUACGUUACACGAUAGUUCAAAUACCUUCAUAACGAUGACACCAUCAGUAACAGAAGUAGCAAAUAAUUCUAGUCUCCCACCCGCAUUGCCACCAAAGAGAUCCCGUUCCAUUAAAUCAAAUGUCACGCCUCCGCCAAUUUCGCCAAAACCAACCAGCAGCAUGCAAAGCAUUCAUACGAUCGACCCAAUUGUAACAUCAACUCCAGUGAAAGUAGAGGAAUCUAGUUGCAUUCAUGAUAAAAGAGAGUUAACACCUUCGACUCCAGUGAAAUUGAAUAACGUUGCCUUAGACACGAUAUUACCAUCCUCAAGACCUGCUAGUAAUGCUUUGUCAUCGAUUUCAAUCGAUGACAAUACCCUGGACUUAAGAGAUGUCGAUCAAGACGAUAGCAUUUUGGAUGAACUGGAUAUUGGCAAGUAUUUAGUUUUCAAGAAAUCGGAUGAGGAAGGACCGGAUAUAAGAGGCGGUCACCCUGAUGCGCUGUUAAUUCAUGCAACCAAAGCUAAUAAACAUGAUGAGAAAGAAUCAGACUUUUUGUAUCAAGAAGCGUUCUUAACAACAUAUAGAACGUUCAUGCAACCACUGGAAUUAAUUCAAAAAUUACAUAAACGUCAUCAGCGAUUUUCUUGUUCUGCUGAUGUUAUUAAACAAAGAGCAGCUCGUGAAGCAUUUUCCUUGUUAGUUAGAGUUGUUAGCGAUUUAACCAUGUCAGAUCUCGAUGAUACCCUUUUGCAAACCCUAAUGGAAUUCGUACAGCAAUUAGUAUGUAGCGGUGAUCUUACUAUGGCGAAAGCUUUGCGUGUUAAAAUUUUAGAAAAACAUGCCGCGAAACAGUUACAAUCUACCCAACCAAUUCUUUCUUCAUUGAGUGUGACAACAAAGCAAGCUUCCCUUCUCGAUUUUAAGAGCGAACAAAUUGCAGAACAAAUGACGUUGUUAGAUGCUGAUUUAUUCAUGAAAAUUGAGAUUCCGGAAGUGCUAAUCUGGGCUCAAGAACAGAACGAAGAACGAAGCCCAAAUUUAACUAGGUUCACGGAACAUUUUAAUAAAAUGUCGUACUGGGCUAGAUCAAGAAUACUGGAACACAGAUUAGAGAAUGAAGCGAAGGACAGGGAAAAAUAUGUUGUUAAAUUUAUUAAAAUAAUGAAGCACCUUAGAAAAAUUAAUAAUUUCAACAGUUACUUAGCCCUGCUUUCUGCAUUAGAUAGCGCGCCUAUUAGAAGGCUUGAAUGGCAAAAACAUAUUACGGAGGGUUUAAAAGAAUAUUGUGCUCUUAUUGAUAGUUCUAGUAGUUUCAGAGCUUAUAGACAAGCUUUGGCAGAAACACAACCGCCAUGUAUUCCGUACAUUGGACUUGUGUUACAAGAUCUUACAUUCGUGCAUAUUGGAAAUAGUGAUCUGUUACCGGAUGGUACCAUAAAUUUUUCAAAAAGAUGGCAACAAUUUAAUAUUGUUGAAAAUAUGAAGAGGUUCAAAAAGGGGACGUAUUCGUUUAAGAAACACGAACGUAUAAUAACGUUCUUCAAUAAUUUCAGUGAUUUCCUCUGUGAGGAGGCAAUGUGGCAGAUUUCAGAGAGUAUUAAGCCGCGCGGUGGAAAGAAAACACAGUUACAGAACUAGAAUAUAUCAAACCCUUUCACUGCCUGCGUCUCAAAAUCGAAAAGCUGAACCAAUGAAUUAGAAUAUUUAUAUUUAUGAUAUUUAGAUAAAUUUGCUUAAUUACGAGUCGAACGAAAACGAUACAACACUCUAAGGGCGGUGAAAGGGUUAGAUGUGUCUAUCCCGUUUCAACAGCCUCUGUGAGGUUGUAUUUUAAUUUAUGGAAAUUUAAAUAUUCAAUCUAUAUUGAAAAAAUACAAAAAAGAAUGUGAAUAGUCAUCUAGAUCAAAUUAAAAUUUGAUGUAUUUGUUUCGUUUAAAAAUAUAAACUGCGUGUAUGGAUAUCGAUUGAAUCGAAACACGUUUAGGGAGACUUUAAUGAAUUGGCUAGAUCAAUCAUGUCUCAAUGUAUUUUUGUAGUCUUUUCCUUUUUGCAAUAAGGUUAAUAAGGAAAAAAAAGUCGGGUUAGCUAUGGACCUACGUAAUGUAUUCUUAAAUAAUACAGCUGUAACGAUGCUUAACGUGGCAUGAUGGGAAAGAAACCCCACAGAUACACACAUUAACUAUUCUAUACAUACACACACACACACACAAACUAUUUAUUUAUUUGCUUCAUAUCAGCGAUAUGUAAAAAGUAGUAAAUGUCAUUCAUUUUCUUCUUUCUCUUUUUUAACUUACUUAGAUAUAUAUGUAAACGUCCAUUAUAUAGCUUUAUCGUAGAUAGAUAAACUUUUUAAACGUCACAGAUAUACUUCUGUUGACUUUGCAAGGAAAAACACCAAUUACGUUGAUUAAUGUAGAGCUAUUGUAGUCUCAGAUUAGUGCAGAAAUGAUGCGCUUCUCUGAACACAUGGCAGGACUGAGCGUAACUGUUACAUAUACUAUUGUAUAUGAUUCUAGGAAACAUUUUUUUGUUGGAAACUCGUUAAUAGGUAUCCAAGCUUUCAGCUUUAAGUCAAAUGGUUACCUAAAAGUGUGUAGGUAAAUUAAAUGUAAAAAAAAAAAAAAAACCCAAGAUUAUAGCUGAAGAAUUUAAUCGAAAGUUUAUUCACAUCGCCUUUUCAUUUUCGCCGUUAAUUCUGAAUAUUUUCCAUUUCUUUAUUAGUUUCUGUAUGUUUUUAGCGAUGAUAAUGAGAGUUUCUUUCACAAUACAUUCCGAUGGAGUGAAAGAAUCUGAUUGAAUUAAUUUCAUCAAAUUAAGAAUAGCAAAAGGAAAAACAUGUUGUUGCUCCUAUAAUUUUCGUACUCUUUGUUAGUAAGUCGAAACUUAAUAGAGUGCAUCGAGUCUAAUUGAUUUUCUAUGAUAAAUGAAAUCGCUGUAAUGAUAUAUGGCUGUCUGUGUGCCUCAUAUUAUAGAAUGAAUGAAUAUCUACCUAUUAACGUUUCUCCGAUCUCACGUUUAAUAAUAUAAAUAUAUCUCGUAUACAAAAAUUCGUGGGCGAAACUAUAAUAAUCGGGCUUAAGACACAUAAAACGUGAACCGUAAUCUGCAUGUUAACGUAUGAUCUUACGUUUUACGUACGAUUGUACACUUUUAUUCAUAUUAAAAAGAGGGCCUAAGCAAUUAAUAGUUAGCGUCGGUUUAUAAACAUGCCGUUAAUUAAAAUUUAAAAACAUUAAACACAGGAGGAAAUAAAACUUAAAACAGUCAUGAUCUAGACUCAAAAUGUAGUUAGAGGUUUGCUAUUGUAUACAUACGUAUAUAAAUUCGAUAACAGUUGUCAAUUUCUAAACAUGCACCAAAAUAUACAUACGUAAUAUAGCUUUCAAUAUUAAUUAACAAAGAGUAAUAGACGUUAUAAACCAUGUUUCCAUAAAAAUAGAUGCACUCCGUUAAUCGCAACUAGAAACAUUUUGGAAGAGGAAGAGAAGGAAUGAAAUCAAUCUUAAUUAUGAAUUUUUAAUCAAACAAUGACAUAUGUUGCGCCGAUAGUUCACGAAUAACUAUAAAUAUAACGAUAAACCUGAAUUUUUUUUUCAUAAUAUGAGAGCGAAUGUGCAAAUGUGUGUAAAGUCAAAACAUUUAUGUUUAAUAAUUCGUAUAUGUGUAAGGAUGGUUCGUCUAAUCUAAAGUUAAGGAAAGGUUUAUUAACGUUGUAAAUAGUUUGAUUGUAUUCAUAAUUUCUUGUAUGUAUGUGAGUGCCCAUUUAUUAUUCGCAAUUGUAUAUACAGCAGUAUAUUGUCUCUAAUUAUCUUUACACGUGACGUAAUUAAUCUCAUAUAAUUUUUAAGUUGACAGAAAUCAUUGUGAUGCCAUAUUACAUUCUCACUUAAUAGCGAGCACAUGACCUUUAUGUUAUUUUUAUUUAACUGACGAAAUUAAAUACACAAUUCAUUUUGCCAGCUAUUCAUAAGUCGUGCAGUAAACAGAUAUACAUAAAUUCCUUAUGACAAAAAAAAAAGAAAUGAAUUAAAAACUUGCCAUUUAUAAUUUAAAAUUUCAUUUACGGAACAUAAGAUAAAAUACAGAUCCACUUGUGGUAUUUACUGUUUAUAUGCCAUUGAAAAACUUUAUUCGUAUUGUAAGAUAGACUAUAAUUUUCUAUCGUCAUAAGGAAUUUGUGUAUUCUUAUCUCGCUGCAUCAUUUUGACAUAUCUAAUAUCAUGUUCAACAUUGUUCUUUUGUUUGUAAUUUUUUUUUUUUAAUACAAUCAUUGUCAUCUUUUUUCUAAAAUUCAUUAUGCCAUUUCUUUUUACACUGUCCCUUCAAUUUUUGGUAUUAUACAUGUACGUAUGUUUUGAAAUCUCUUCUUAUUAAAAUUUUGUCAAUAAUUCUUUUAACGAAAUAUCUCGAGUGAAAGUGUAUUUAUAAAUGUACAAUGUAAUUAUAUUGAUCGCCUUUGCAUCUAUUUUUUAUUACAAAUAUUUUUCUUCGAUUUACUAUUACAUAAUAGAAUUCUCUUGUAAAUUUCGCGCAAACAUAUGUGUAUGCAUAUAAUUUAAGGAUAAACGUUAACGCUACAAAAUCAUGAGUGAGAUAAAAAAAAAACAGUGAAUAUGCAACGAAAAACUUAGACUUGAUCAGUUAUUUUAUUAGAUAAAGAAAUAUUAGGCUAAUCCACGGUAGGCGAACAAACUGCGAGAAAAACAAAUUGACUUGAUAAUAAGAUAUUUUUGAAGUUCUUUUAUUUUAUACUUUAUACUACAAUAAUAACAUUAAUUAUUAAUUAAAGUAAUAAAUACCCGUACAUAUCUAUGGUUAGAGGAAUUUAAUAUCGCGGUCCACUUUCUGUACUAAGAAUUUUUAUAAUUAUUGAAGUAUCCAUACUUUAUUCACCAAAGAAUAAAAAUAAUAAUUACAUUCAGUAUAUAUAUUAUUGAAAUGAAUUACUAUGAUUUAAAUGCUAAACAAAGAUGUAAAAAUGUUGAAAAUUUCAUUGUUUGUCCUUUCUUUAGCUUCUUAGAUUUACGCUCAAUUUCACAAACUAUGUAACUUCAGAAUGAAAUCACGCUGUUUGAAGUAGUCUAUUUAGAAUUAUUGAAUUCCUUUUACGUGAUUACUAAAUAAUAUUUUAUAAUACAAUGGCAUGAAUUAUGCAAUUACAUAGUUACAAAAUAAAUGAGCCAAUUAAAAAUUUAACAAUCAAUAUAUACGAAAACAUUAAAAUUAUGUAUGCAUUUAGUUCUCCAGUGAUUGUUACUGCCAAAUCUAUCUUAUUAUCAAUGAUAUAAAUUAUAUAAGUGUAUACAACUUAUUAGUUAAUAUUGCUGUAUUCUUUCGAGUUUGACUUGAGUAUGAACUAGCAUGAGCAACAAUAUAAAGUCACGUUUUUUCUACCGUUUGCUGAACGUAGCUACUAGCUUUCAAAAACAGUCUAUAAAUGGAAAUAGACUCUAAAGCAAUCGCUGUUGAACUUACCCUUGUGCAAAAACGAUUUUAAUGUUACGAAGCCCUGCAAACGCGACCCUCUUUGAUUAUGGCAUAUGUAUGUACAUAUAUCGAUAUUCCUGUGGCGAGAGAUAUUUGCGUUUUUUAACGACACAUACAUUAUACAAUAACUUUGACGACCGAUUAAUUAAUUCAUUGAUCUGUUACUACGUACAUUUUCGCAGAGAGAAAAAGAAAAGAUACGUUUCAAAUAUGGGUCAAAUAACUCUCGCCGAAUUUCAAUUAUGUCAAAUGUUUUGAGUGUAUUGUUCUAAUGAGAAAAACAAUCGCUAAGCAUCAAGUAAUAAUUACUAUUAAUGUGUUAUCUUAUCGAUAACGACAAAAGAUUAUAUGUGUAAUUUAACAUUUAAAUAGGUACGAUGGUAAGUAUAAGAAAGUACUGAUAAUCGAUAGUUGCUGUGAUUAUUGAUACUUCUGAUUGACACACGCUCGAAGAUACAUUCGUAAAAGUAUCAACUAUCGCAAUGACAGAAGAAAAAAAAAAAAACGAACAUAUCCACAAGAUACUAUAUUGCUGUGUAGGGAUGACAGUAAUCCGAACAGCUUAUAUGUAUGCAUCGAAAAGGAAAUAUCCGAAAGGCGAAUGAUGUAAUUUGUUCGUUUGUUCAGCAGCAUGAAAUACAGUAAUUCAUUGUCGAUAUUUUUGAAAAUAAUUUUUUCUUUUGCUUUAAUAAUUUUUUACACUCUUGAUAAUUUAUUGGUUUAUACGGCACUUGAUUGGGAAUAUUAUUCCUCUCGAAUAACGUUUCGACUGACAACGAGUGUAUUUAUUGUAUGAAGGAUACACUUCUUACACAUACAUACAUAUACACAGAUAGAACUUAUAAUGUUAAAUUAUGUAGUAACAUCGCACUUAAUAAAAUUCACUAAUGAUCGUUUGGAAAAUUUUAAACAGAAACUAAUGCAAUCGUCUAUCACCGUCGAUUGAUAUUGCAUUAUUUAACGAAGAAGAAAAGUACUUUUUGCUACCUCGUUCCGCGAAUAAAAUCAAACGUAUAUACAGAACAAAAAUUUGGAACUUCCGAAUUAGUCUCUCUCGAUCAAAAUUACCAACAAUCAAAAAUUAUAUUUUUUAACGGAGUUAAGGAAGUAAUAGAAUCAAUUGUAUCAAAUCAGAAUGUAUUGUUUCUUGUUUGUUUUUUUUUCUCCUUUUAUUUAUUAUAUUUUAUUGCUGCUUUGUACAAACAAUAAAUUGCACGAAAUUGUAAUGCUCGACUUAAGCAUCUUGUUCAAAAGUUAAAUAUCAAAAUUUGAAGGAAUUCGAUAAAAGAAUAUUAUGCACUGUAGAAUCGAAUUAAAAAUUAUGACAAUUAUUUGGCAAUCCGUCUGCUAAUUUAUUCAAGUUGAAUAAUUUUAAAUGCUGUUUGUACAUAAAUAUGAAUUCUUGCUCUUCGUUUUUAUGAACAAUUUAAUAAAGUGCAAAUACCAUUGGGUAUCAUAUUGGAUUCAUCCCUUAAAUAAAAUUUUUGACCAAAACAAUUCAGCAAAUUUUCACGAUAAUAAUAUUGUAUAUAAGAAUUCUUCUCUUUAGAGAUUUUCUAUGGUUUUUGUCACAUAGUACAUACGUUGUACAUAUAUUUAAUACUUUGUUUUAUUAGAAUUUUCAUUAACUGUAAUUAAGAUUAAAUUUGAUUUCCAGAUACAAUUACAAUUUAUUACUAUUUUUGUGGUGCACGCUCGUAUUAUUAUAAAAUGUACCUAAUAGUUACCAUAGAACUGCCACGAAAACUGUGUAAAUUCUCCCAUCGUGGAAAAUCAAAGAGUAGACGUAUCGCGAAUGUCACAGUAAUCAUUUAAGGGAUCAAUCCAUUUCUAGUCCAUAUUCCAAACAUUACAAUGAAGCUACGAUUUCUUAUAUCCCUAGCGGCGCAAAAUUAUAGUAUAAGACAAAGAUAUAUCGAAUGGCAUUUAUAUUCUAUGUGUCUCAUCAAUAGGACUCUAUACGUACGUAUAGGAAAUUAAUAUCAUGUAAACGAAGAUAUACGUAUAACAAGUAAUUUGCGACUCAUACUGAUCGUGAGAACGAAACUCGGUGUACUGAGCAUAUCAUUUGUAAGCAAGCGAAAAUUGUCACACAUGUAACCGUUAUAUUCGAGAUCCCUUUUUUAAUUAUACUGUUUCUCGACGGAAGAGAAAAAAGA